CUCUAUUUCCGGCAUAAUUGUCAACGAGCAACCCUGUCCCUGCGAAACGACACCCAUAUGCUUAUUCGGACAGACAGUCUCAACUGCACCAAAAGUGAAUCUUUUUGCGCCACUGGCUACAUCCCAGGCGGGCAAGUCUGUCUCAUGUUCUACGAGAAGCCAGGCUGUUGAUAUUGCGACAAAAGAAUCACAUCAGGCAGCAUGGACGCGGCACCUUUGAUCAAGGCACACGACCAUGCCAGGAAUGCCGCACUUGCCCACACCGACACUACGGUCGCCAUCAAUGAGCACGCACUCGCGGCCGGCGAGUUUUCCAACGCCGCCAGGUCUACCACCAGCGCCGAGGCCCUUCGCACGCUGAAACUGCUCGAGCAGCAUCACCAGCGGCUUUCGGACCUGCUCAAACUACCGCUCGAACGACCACCGCGCAGAUCUCAAGCCGACGACUACCGUUCCGGGGCGGACGCGAGCCACAAUGACGACGUGAGCGAGAAGCCGUCGGCCAGACCGGCCUCGUCGGGCGCCGACGACAAAUCCACCGCCGACGACAUGUCGUCGAGGAGGAAGUCCGCGGUGGCCUCCGGCACGACGUCGUCGCAGCAGCGGCGGUAUCCGCCAUCGCGGGAGCUGUCGUCGUCGAUCGCGAGCAACCUGGCAUCGGCUCGCGGCAUCCGUUCCUCGCAUCGUGGACACCCGCUCGCACCGAGCGUCUCGAAUGACCAGGCGCCCGGGAGUUUGGAUGGUCAUCCCAGCAGGGAUGUUGGGAGGUCCAAGAUGCAGAACAUGCUGGGCCAGAAGCCAAAGCCCAGCUGGGUGCCGCCCACGGAAGGUCCGCAAAAGUCAGAGAAGGGUCAGGCGCGGCAGCAAGCCGAAAGACCUGCGGAGGAGUCGAAUGAGGAUGGGUAUUCCAGGUUCUACAGCACGUUUGGGAGCUUGAUCAAGGGCCUCUCCGCACCGCUGGCCUUUGCCGGACUGCCUCUGAUCGCAGAAGAGUCGGCACCUGAGCCGCCCACUUCUCCGGACCCGGCAGCUACCAAGAAAAGCCGGCCAUCCAGGGCACAGCAUGUUGCUCCCGAGCCGGACCUGGCCAGGAUUUAUUCCAAGGCCACGUUGCAGGCUCUCGGGCACAAAGGCCAUGCUCCGAACGAUUCGUUCUAUUUCGUCCCGGCCACCGGAGGCACUGUAUCGUACGCAAACAUUCUCAGCUUUGAUCAGAAGGAGAGGCGUCGCAACCUGGCCUCGAUCCACGAUGGCCACGACCACCCCGAAAUGAGCCCGGAGGAUGCUGCCGACGAGGAUGACUUCGUCGACGCGAGGGAGUCGCAAGCCUCGUCUUCUAUGUCUCCCGGCGUAAAGAGGCGCAUCGGCAGCAGCAAGUCGACUAGUGAUCUACAAAACGUGGUGGAGGAGCUCUACCUCGAGAACAAGGGGCUCAAGGAGAUGCUGGAUAAGCUGUCCAAGAGGCUGCAUGCGUUCGAGGCCAACGCGCAGAACUACGCGCUGCAGUCCAGCAUGCGGCUUGUGCGUCCCGGUUCGCCCUUGUCUUCCUCGGGUGGUGGAGGGGGAGGUAGUGGCGGCGAUGAGGGUCUGCGCCGCAGAAACCAGGAACUGGAACAGGAGCUUGCGGCUGCGGUGAAGCGGAUGGAAGCCUUGGAGAAGGAGUACAUGCACGUUCGAAAAGUCAAUGGACAGUACCGAGAGAGAUGGGAGAAGCUCAAGGCAGGUGCCAAGGCCAGGAGGGAGGCUCAGGUGGCAAGCGGAGAAGGCGAAUCUUCUCGUUCACAGGCUGGUUGAUGCGCAAUGUAUGAAGAGCACACAGAGACUGGAGAAUUCGUUUCUGACCCCUAAUAUGAUACGGUCCAGGAAAGUCAAGAGUGGCAGGUGUGCGGGACCCUAAACUAGCUCUCGUCCAUACUAGCAACCCUUUCAUCUAAUUUCCUCAUCAUCUCGG